CGAGCGGACCAAUCAGAGUACAGCACCAUUUCCCAAUUUGGAGGUUCCAGGUUCUGACGCAGCAAUUUUCUGGGGCACGGCGCAAUUUCCAAAAAUUCAGUUUGACAGGCCUUGGCUAGUAUUCUAGAAAGUUGCCUUGUCGAGCGGUCAGUCGGUGGUCGGCUUGCGGGGGCUGAGCCUCCGUGAUGAAGAUUGCCAUGAUGCUCUCAGCGCUGCAAAACAUCUUAACGCCGGCUUAACUGCGAUGGUCUCCGUUGUCUGAACAGUUCCCUGAUUAUAAGACUCUGGGGCCCCAGUAUACCCUCUUUUCGAGCGCCCAGACACAAACACCCACUAGAUACAUCCUAUCUUCUAUACAAAUCAACACGUUCAAGAAAGAAACGAAGAUGGCCGUCACUUCACAAACUACAUACCCCGGCGACGACGUCGUUCCCGACGCUGCCAUGGUCUACAACAGACGGCGCAUCAUCCGCGCCUCCAAGGAAGACAUCUUCCCCUGGCUCGUGCAGCUAGGCAAAGGCCGCGGCGGGUGGUACAUGAGCAAGUCAUGCGAACGUUUCGUGUCAAAGUCGUCUCGCGCAACGCGCCAAAUCCACCCUGAGUGGCAGAAUCUGCAACCCGGCAUGGUGGUCGAGGACUACGGCUUUGGCAAGGAGGAAUUUGUCACUGUCUCGUCCCUCUCUGCGCCGGAUUCGCUUGUCUAUGUGGCAGACAGAUACGGCACACGGUUCACAUGGGCCCUUUUGCUCAAAAGUAUUUCAGAGGAGGAAACGGAGGUGCAUUUGAGAUUCCGGGGACAGAUGGAAAAAACGGGGCUCGCAAAGAAGAUGAUUGUACGUGGUGGCGAUGUGAUUGAUUGGGCGUUUACAGAACCAUUGUUGACCGGGUUGGCGGAGAGAGUGGAAAAGGGGUGUUAAACGAUAGCUUGGGUUAAGACUAUGUUUCGUUUGUAUUUUUAGUUGAUGUUUUUCUACACUUGAUACCAAUAUUUUGCUUUGUUCAUAGAAAUUCCAUCAUUGUUUUGAUAACUGUU